CCCACCACAAGGAGAAAUUCACUGUAAAAAAAAAAAAAAAAAAACAAAAAAAGAGUGAAAUUUUGCAGGAAAAUGGCGGGGGGAUUGCAGUUACCUCCUGGAUUUAGGUUUCAUCCGACGGAUGAGGAGCUAGUGAUGCACUAUCUGUGCCGCAAGUGUGCGUCGUUGCCGAUUUCCGUCCCGAUUAUCGCCGAGAUUGAUCUCUACAAGUUCGACCCCUGGGAUCUCCCCGAUAUGGCGUUGUACGGCGAAAAAGAGUGGUACUUCUUCUCGCCUCGAGACCGGAAGUAUCCGAACGGUUCGAGGCCGAACCGGGCGGCGGGGAGAGGUUACUGGAAGGCUACCGGAGCCGAUAAGCCGAUCGGACAGCCGAAACCGGUAGGGAUCAAGAAGGCGCUGGUGUUUUACUCCGGCAAGGCGCCGAAGGGAGAGAAGACGAAUUGGAUCAUGCAUGAGUACCGGCUCGCCGACGUUGACCGGUCCGCUCGUAAGAAGAGCAACAGCCUCCGGCUGGAUGAUUGGGUUUUAUGCCGGAUAUACAACAAGAAGGGCGAGCUUGAGAAGGCUGGCGUCAGCAUCCGAAAUAUGAGCAAAGCGACGGCGAGCUCUCCGGUGAGCGAGGAGGAGGAGAAGAAACCGGAGAUGAUGCUGCCGCCGCCGCCUCAGCCGCAGCCGCCACAGGUGUUCAGCGAUUUCCUGUACCUGGAGCCGUCGGACUCGAUCCCCAAGCUGCACACGGAGUCGAGCUGCUCGGAGCACGUGCUGUCGCCGGAGUUCACGUGCGAUAGGGAGGUCCAGAGCGAGGCGAAGAUGAGCGAGUGGGACAAAACUGCCCUCAACUUCCCGUUUAAUUACCAAAAUGCCACUGCCGACGGCGGCUUCCUCGGGUGCGGCGACCUGCCGGGGAGCUACGAUGCGUGGCCGCUGCAGGACAUGCUGCUGUACAAGCCGUUUUAAGUGGGUCCACGGUUGCACGUGCGACAGGAGACUGUAUUUCGCGGUGGUCUAUGACUGUGCACGUGCGCCUCUGUUCAAACUUCAAAGCGUAGACUAUAGAACCUCUAUUCUACUUUAGACUAAUAGCAAUCCCUAUAUUUAAUCCCUCAAAAAAAGUCCCAAAAAAAAAAAAGAAAGAGAAAUAUUUAAUUAAUUGGAAAUUGUGGGAUACAGAUGGAAAUAUUUUAUUUGUUUUAUUUGUGUAAAUAUAUAGAUGUAAUCAAAUAGCAUAAACUGGUGGCUUCAGUCCUACUCGGUGGGCCCUAGCUUAGCUACUUGUAAGUUGUAAUCAAAUAUUUUCUUAAGGUAGUUGAUAAUUGGGUUUUUGACUCAAUUCAAUAUUUCUAUGCAA